AUGAGUCGUGUAAAAUUUUAUAAAAUUCGUAAGAAUCCACUGGAAGAACUUCAAGAAGCAGAAAUUACAAUUAAAUACAGAUUUUCUCUCGGUACUGCCGUUUUCCUUAUUGACAUGGUGAAAAAUGAUUUGGCCGGUGAUUCAAGAGGUGGAUUUAUACCACCCCAUCUGAAAGUUUUGACUGCCAUAAGAACAUGGGCCCGUGGAGAGGUUGUGUCAAAUGCUAAUUUAGAGAUCAUGGAUAUAGUGGCACAUCGGCGAGACAGCACGCAUGACUCAAGAAUAUUUAAUGAAAGUCGAAUAAAACAAAUGUUUGAGCAGUCAGAAUUUAAAGGCAGGCUUCUCGGAGAUUCUGGUUAUGCUUGUACUCCUUAUUUAUUCACUCCCAAUACACAAAAGAAAGAAAUGUACAACCGGUCGCAUAUCAGGAUCCGAAACACUGUAGAACGAUGCUUUGGAGUGUGGAAGCAAAGGUUUCGGUGUUUACAACUAGAACUUAAUACAAAAUUAAUGAAUACAAAUGUAUAUAUUGUUGCAUUGGCAAUACUGCACAACAUUGCAAUGCACAAGCAAGAUGCAGUAGAAGAUAAUGGAAAUGUUCCAGUCACAGAAUUAGUAAAUAACUCCCUAAGAGGAUAUUCGUUACGGGCAGCAUUUAUUAAUGAAAAUUUUUAA